AUGGAAGAGGCAGAAUUAGCCCAGUUUAAUUUGUCCAUCGUGCUGCCCCUGCAGAAGCAAUCCAAGAAGCAACACCACCAGCACCAGGUCCAGCCCCAGGUUAUUCAAAUCAUGACCCUCCCUAAAGAGACGUGCUUGGAUCUGGCACAGGCUGUACAUGAAUCUUCUGAGGGCUACAACGUUGGUGCUUUCAGCUUCAGGGAUCUCGUCGUAGAGAACGGCAAACACCUCCCUUCCUCAGAUCGUCUCACAGACAACACUCAAGUCGCAAAGAUACUUGAAAACCAGGAAUCUGAAGAGAAAAAGCUCUUUGUAGUCCUCGAGGACUACUCUGAUAUUGAUCUUAGACACCACGUUAUCAGAUUUAGAGAAGCAGCCGUUGGUCCCUCCACAGACACUACAAAUCUCGGUAUUGAAUCCGGUUUGAGCGUCGUUGACUAUGUCCAACCACCUUCUGCUCAAGAGGAUCCCUCCUUUGACCUCAAAGACGACCACUCUUUCCAGCAAUAUGAUGUUAACAGUGUGAGACCUAUGUCUAAACUCCUCCCAAAGGACAGGAACAAGGAGUUACAACAAUCUGUCAGAUCCUUUUCUCUCAGUCAUUGGAACCCUCCUCCUCCUCAAUGUCGCUUAAAGGGCCACGUCCUCUAUUUACAACUCACAACCCUCGAAGGUGAGAUUUUUCACAUCACCGCCACAAAGAAAGGUUUCCACGUUAAUAAAUGCACAUCAUCUCAUUUCGAUGGAAGCAUGAAACCUGCAAAUGAUGUUACUGGCGGCGUUUCCUACUCCCACUCCCUCUUCGAUCUCACCAGCAAGCUCAGCAACCUCUACAACGCAAAGUUCACCCCUAUCUUCUCUGAAUCUCUUAACCUCGCCAGAGAUCCAUUUGCGAUCGUUCAAAUACCUCAGGCUUUACCUGCCCAUCCUUGGCUCGUUGGUCGCCCUCAACACCUCCCUGACGGUCUUCGUACACAGUCUGCGUACUUGCUCACUGGUAGCACUGCUUUGGAAGGUCUCGAAGGUGCCAGAGACUGGAACGAUGAGCUGCAAUCUACCAAAGAGGCAACUGUCAACACUUACCAUGAGCGUAUUACAAGGGAGAAGCUCUUACAGAAGCUCUAUGCUGACUUUUCCUUGGCCGCUGUUAGAGGUGUUGUAGCUGUCAGCCGUGGCGAAGUACCACCUCUAAACCCAAGCGAGCAAACUUACGUACACGCAAACAUUCUUUACACUCCAGCACAAGACGCUAAGGCAGCUGGCAGAGAAGUUAUCUACCACCGCUUUCUCAACACUAUAGAUGCCCCUGGUCUUAGUGUCCUCGCUACUAUUGCUGUUGACUACGCAGGUAAACGUUGGACUGCUCAGUCAGUCGUACCAGGUUUGCUUAGAAGGCAAGAAAGAGAAGAUAAUGGCGAAGAAGUCAAGUCUGACAGCAAUAAGAUUGUUUAUGGUGUUGACGAACUUAAUGGCAAAGGCAGCAAAGAAAUUAAGUACGAUAAGGCAUUUGCUGAGUUGUUGGAGCCAGUCUCUCGUGCUCUGCGCUUCGCUAACAAGAAGUUGAAUGUUGAUGGAGAAGAGGUUGAAUUUGCUACUAAUCUCAAGGGAUUGAUUGGUGGUGACACCAGGAGAUAUAUUGUUGAACCAUCAAGAAUGACAUGUCCUGAUGUCAUGUGGGACGACACCAAACUCAAUGUUGAUAGUCUUGAGGAGAAGGUCGAGAAGGCUAAUGCUCCUACUUACCCUUACGCCACUUUCCUCAGACAAGAAGCUCUCGAAGCGUACUCUGAAUACGAGCUGAGAAAGCGUUCAAGAGAUGCCGUUGAGCGUGCACGUAAUGAAGGUAUCGAAAAGGGCAUCUUCCCUAAGCCAACUGAAAAGCAAGUCACCGAUGGCGAAGAACAAAACCAAGAAGAUGUUGUACCCCCACCAAGCAGUGCUGAUAUUGAAAAGGCUAUCAACGAUGGCAAGAUUACUGUCCCACAAAUAGGUAAUCUCACUUUCAACCCAGAUGUAAAUGGCGGUGAGAAUGAUGAAAGUGUCGAGGCUGUCAAGAACGCCAGUGCUUACAUCACUGAGACUCUCAUACCACUCCUCGUUUUAGAUGUUGUUCACGGUAAUAACAUUCCCGCUGACGGUGGUGCUCUCACUGCUGCCAUGCACCAAAAGGGUAUCAACAUGAGACAUCUUGGUAACGUUGUUGAAGCUGCCAAUCAGCACCGCAACAAAAAGAGUAUUCUCGGUCCUGCUUUCGGUGUGAUAGACUGCUUCAAGGGUGUAAUCAAGCAAGAGAUGAUUCUAAGAGCAGCAAAGCACUUACUUAGAAAAUACAUGGAAAGUGCUGAAUUUACCACCCUGCAAUUACUCCUUUCGCACUUCCUCAACUGCUUGUUGGGCACCGAUCUCAACCUUGAGCCUACCGCUGAAUCACCUAAAGAUGACUUUGGCGAUGAUAUUAUCACUGAUAAGUCGGUCGAAUGGUUCAACUUGACACCAAAAUCACUUUUCGAAAAGCUUCAAAAGGAGGUUGCCGUUAGAUUUAGAUUCUCACUCACCGAAGAAGAUGUCAAAAACAUCCGUAAACCUCAAAUGCUGAGGGAGUUGGCAUUGAGAGUUGGUUUCCAAUUGGAGUUGAGAGAUUACAGAUUUAGCGAUGUUGUUUCAGAAAAUGUUGAGGAUGUCAACUUUGACAGUAACGCAUCAAAGAAAGCAAUUAAGAAGGCAAAGGCAGCAGCCCAAGCCCAAAACAGAGCACUUAGUGGUUUGGAUAGAUCGACAACAUUUGUACCAUCAGACGUACUCGAGAUUGUUCCACUCGUUAAAGACUCAGCCCCAAGAUCAACAAUCUGUGACGAUGCCUUCGAGCAUGGCAGGCUUGCUUUCCAAACAGGAGCAGCUGGAUUCAUCAACCCAGAUGGAGAAACACAAAGUGUUGCGCAGAACAGAGAAGCUGGAUUGGAUUUGAUGUAUGAGGGUGUUAGUCUUUUUGAACAAAUAUACACUCCACUGCACGCAGAAGUCGCCAAAGCAUUUAAUGGUUAUGUUGUUGCGAAGCACCAAAUGAUUAGAAGUGCAUCCAAGGAGGAAUCAGAUGUUGAGGCUCAUGAGCAGUGUCUGAGAUUGCAAAGAAACGCAGUCAUCAUCUCCGAGCGCACUCUUGGUAUCGAUCACUAUGAGACGUUGAGCUUUAUUCAAAACCUUGCUCAUUUGGAAAUCUCAGCUGGUCAUGUGCACUCUUCCCUCAAAUACUUCCGUUAUGCUAUUGACUUGUGGCAGAGUAUUUAUGGAAAUGAUCACCCAGAAAUCAUCCAAAUCUAUUCUUCAGUUGGAAACAUCUUCCAGCAAGCGAGAAGAUUUGAGGAGAGUUUGAAGAUGUAUGAGAUUGCCAAAGAAUUGUCGUUUAAGGUGUACGGUGUAUACUCAUACUUUGGUGCAACAAUGUUAUUGAGAGUUGCAGAACAGCACGUCUGCGUUAAUCAACUCAAACUCAAGCCAGCUGUUAACGCAUGUAAAGAGGCAGUUAAAGGAUAUGAAGAGGCAGUUGGUAAAGAUGCACAAGAGUACAAGGAUGCAGCCGCCUUCCUCAACCAGCUCACAGCGGCCGCUGUGCACAUUGCUAGAGUUAACAGCGACCCAGUGCAACAAAAUGCUAGAAAGGUCGUUGAAGCUAGAAUGAAAGAAGCUGAAAAACAAAAGAAGGAUCAGGAUGACUUGGCUAAUGGAAAAGCUGGCAACAAGACAAGCAAGAAUGUCAGCAAUGGCACUGCCAACAGCGUUAACAAUGUCAGUCAGGAUGAUGUUGAUGCUAUGGUUAAAUUCAUUGAAGGUGGCAACUCUUCCAAGACUACUUCCAAGAAAAGCAAAAAGAACAGAAAAUAA